UGGGAGUGGCGGUAAGAUGGCGGCGGCCGCCGCUGGACUGAGCUGGAGACGGGUGUCUUCCUUUACGGGGCCGGUGCCGCGCUCCCGCCACGGGCAUCGUGCUGUCGCCAUCCGCGAGCUGGUCAUUAUCUUCGGGGGUGGCAACGAGGGCAUCGCCGAUGAGCUGCACGUCUACAACACGGCUACAAAUCAGUGGUUUCUUCCUGCUGUAAGGGGAGAUAUUCCUCCAGGCUGCGCAGCACAUGGAUUUGUUUGUGACGGUACCAGAAUACUAGUCUUUGGAGGAAUGGUUGAAUAUGGAAGAUACAGUAAUGAUUUAUAUGAGUUACAGGCAAGUCGAUGGCUCUGGAAAAAAGUAAAAGCUCAAGCUCCCUCUACUGGAUCACCACCUUGCCCUCGACUUGGCCACAGCUUUUCUUUAUAUGGUAACAAGUGCUAUUUGUUUGGUGGCCUGGCAAAUGAAAGUGAGGAUUCAAAUAAUAAUGUUCCCAGAUAUUUAAAUGAUUUCUACGAACUGGAGCUGCAGCAUGGUUCUGGAGUUGUCGGCUGGAGUAUUCCUGUGACCAAAGGGAUCUUGCCAUCUCCUCGAGAAUCUCACACAGCCAUCGUAUACUGCAGAAAAGAUUUGGGAAGUCCAAAGAUGUAUAUUUUUGGAGGGAUGUGUGGCUGUCGGCUUAAUGAUCUCUGGGAACUUGACAUAGAAACCAUGACCUGGUCAAGACCAGAAACUAAAGGGACAGUACCACUUCCUCGCAGUCUCCAUACGGCCAAUGUAAUAGGAAACAAAAUGUAUGUUUUUGGUGGAUGGGUUCCACAGUCAGCAGGAGGUGAAAUUUCUGCUCAUGAUGGUGAAUGGAAAUGUACCGGUUCAUUUUCUUAUCUUAAUUUGGAUACCACAGAAUGGAUAGGUCUGAUCUCAGAUUGCCAGGAGGACAAAAGUAACUUGUUACCAGGGCCAAGAGCAGGACACUGUGCUGUAGCCGUUGGCACUCGUCUGUAUAUCUGGAGUGGUAGAGAUGGUUACAGAAAAGCUUGGAACAAUCAAGUUUGCUGCAAAGAUCUUUGGUACCUUGAUACUGAGAAACCUCCAGCACCGUCACAGGUACAGCUGAUUAGAGCUACAACCAACUCUUUUCAAGUGAAAUGGGAUGAAGUACCUACAGUUGAAGGAUAUCUUCUUCAAUUACAUGCUGACUCACCAGUGCCAUCAGUGGCUGGAAUACCUGGUACUGGGGUCCCUGAGACAUCAGUGCUGAGUUCACAAGGUGGCUCUUCUCUACAUCACAGUCCACAAUCAUUGCCUAGUGUCCCUUAUCCAGAAGUGAAGGUGGAUCAUCCCAGCCAAACAAAUAAUGUCAUUCCUAAUAACGUCCAAGUUUCCCUUUCAUCCAACUCAUUAAAAGUAGAGGGAAAGGAAAAGGUUGCCGCACCUGAAAACAAGAUUACACAGGAGGCUAUGAAAAACCAUGCAGAUGCUACAGGAUUCAAAGAAUCAAAUGCCCCUUCUCUUUUGCCUGUUUGUACUUCAAGUUCUCAGACUUCAGCAAAUGUAGGUGAAUUACAUGACUUGGACAAACGAACUGUAAAUCCUGAUGCUUCUGUAUCCAGUACUGUCUCCAGCACACAAACUAUGGUAACCCAGCAGGCUGUUAAAACUGAAUCAUCAAGUACAAAUGGGGCAGUUGUUAAAGAUGAAACUUCACUAACAACAUUCAAUUCAAAAGCUGAAGCUGCUGAAACUGCUUAUAUCAUGCCUUCGACAAGGGUCAAUACCGGACAGACAAAUGAUUCACACUCCUCUAAAACUCCACAAAGACAAACGGCACCAGUGAAAACACGAGACCGGCAGUGGUAUGAUGUUGGAAUUUUUAAGAACAACAGCGCUGUGGUGAGCCAGUUUUACUUGCUGCCAGAGGAAACGCUGAGCGUCUCUAAUAAGAUGGAAAGUGCGGAUGUACCAGACUACAGAUUACUUAAGAAACAGGAUCUUUUUCCAGGCACAGUGUACAGGUUCAGAGUUGCUGCAAUUAAUGGCUGUGGUGUUGGGCCUUUCAGUAAAGUCAGUGAAUUCAAGACUUGCAUUCCGGGUUUUCCUGGAGCUCCUUCAACAGUCAAAAUUACCAAGAGUGUAGACUGUAUUCAUCUUUCUUGGGAGCCUCCUGCUUCACCCUCUGGAAAUAUUUUAGAAUAUUCUGCCUACUUAGCAAUCCGUUCCACACAGUUACAGGAAAAUCCAAGUCAGCUUGUAUUUAUGAGAAUAUACUGUGGUCUGAAAACAUCGUGUAUAGUGACUGCUGCCCAGCUUUCAAAUGCUCAUGUUGAUUACACUUCCCGACCUGCAAUAGUGUUCAGAAUUUCUGCAAAGAAUGAGAGAGGAUAUGGACCAGCCACGCAAGUUCGAUGGCUUCAAGGUAAAGUCAGUGUCAGUUGCAGCAUUUCAAGGGGCUGUAGCUGUGGAGGAGGAAACGGUGUGUUGAGUCUCUAGAACCAACACUUCUCUCAGCAGUGCAUGGCAUGUGAAGUUCUUGAAAUGUCAUUUUGUUCCUUACAGAAGUUUUAAGAAAAUUUAGUGCUGAAUUUGGCAUAACAUUUUAAAAAAUGUUUUAUAUUUGCUCCCAAGCAAAGACAAGGAAGUACUGAAAUGUUGCUUAUUGAGUCUUAUGCAGUCCCUCAAAUAAUAAAAGCUUAGUAAGCUUCUGAAUUACCUGGGCUUAACUUCAGCUCAAAAGUUUUUCAUUGUAGUAAGUAACCCAGUUACAUGCAUGGGUGUAAUCAGGUUUUUUUCAAUCUUUUCCCCCUCCUUAUCAGAAAAAUUUCUCAUAAGGUGAUGUAAGGUGCAUUUUUGUGAUGUAUACACUUUAAAGUCUGUGUUACAGCCAGAAGAGGUUUUGUCAUCUUAUCCCUGCACUUGAAUUUGUACAGGUUCAUGAUGAGUUGGGGAUGGGAAUGGAUCCUCUGAAAAUAAAGAUAAGUUUUCAGCCUGAUCAGUUCAGCCAGCCCAGGGGCUCAGAAGAAGAAGUUUUGCUGGCUUCUCCUCUCAUCCCACUCCUCCUCCUUUCCGGCUUAGCUUUCUGCUAGCUGGGAGCUGGCCUUACUCAGCAAGAGGUCCUGUGAGCUCAGGGGAAGGUCAGGAACAGCAGAGUGAGGGGAGCGUCCCCACUGCCUCGGGGAGCAACGAGCUGUUGUAUGGGUUUAGCUGACCUCAGUUUGUGGGCUGUGAUCCACAGGGUGUGACUGAAAAGCAAGCUGUUGAAUAGACCCACUGCUUGAUUUUUAACAUGUGCCCUCCUAAGAUGGAGAGCGACAGUGAAGAAGUUGUCUUCCAUCCUGUUUAGCAUUCCGAUGCUGUUUUAACCCUUUAAUUAGCAACGGUUUUGACCAUGGUCUGUGUCCCAGAGCUCUGAAAUGGUAGUUGUUUGAAAGUGUUUGACCACGUACGCGAUGUGAAAUUAUGAAACGUUUAACAAUGUCUCCUUUAUUUUUGCAGAUCUGAAAACAUCAAGCUCAAAGUAGAAGCGACAUAAUAAAUCUCAAGUUUCGAAUGUAGUGUUUAAUGUAACUCUUGUACGAUUUGUAAAUGCUACAAAUAUUUUAUUUUUGCAUUGUUUUUAUCUUAAAAGUAUAUAACCUUUUUUACGUUUGAAACAUCAGCGUUACACAGCCUUGCUCAGGUAUGAGUACCAUAUAGAAACUAUAUCGAAGACGGUGGGGUGGAGGACCAUACUCUAUCCAGUAGCUCUUUUUGGUAGUGAUAGGUAAAAGGUAAAAAAUAUACAAAGUAUCAAACUAAAAAUAAAGAAAGAAUUGGCCCAUGCAGUAGUAUUUGAGGUAGGGUUGCCACGACCGCUACAGAUCUCUCAUAGAUAAUUGGUAAGAUUUGGUAUAUGAGCAAAUUCUGUUUGGUUUCAGUUCCUUAUACCGCAUUCUUCAUUGUAGUGCCUGAGUAUGAGGCAAAAACUUCCAGUUAUUAUAUAGUAACUUAAAAUGUAUAAAUAUUUUAAUAUAUACUUUUUUGUAAAGAAAUGAUUUUUCUACUAUUUGUAAGAAAUAUCUUAAUCUUGAAAGAUAUCCCCUGAAGAUUUAAAAGGAAAAAGAUAAACUUAGUCAUUUCUCUUAUUACAAAAAAAAAAAAAAGUAAAUUCAUUGUAAAUGCACUACUAAUAUUUAGAAUUGUCCUUUUGUAGUUGUACAAAUCUUAAACUUGUAAAUACCAAUGUUUACAGGAGACCUUUUUGGUCUUGUAUGAAAACUUCCAUGAGGUUCAUUCUCUUUUUUUUUUUUUUUUUUAAAAAUCCAUAUGCUUUGCUUUUAGCAUAUGCUUGCUUUUUGCACUAAUAAUAACUUACCUCAUUCCUGUGUUUGUAAUCACUUGUGUUGCUUCCAUAAUGUUUCUGUAAAACUUCAAUCUGAAACUUUUAACCAAAGUUUAGGAUACAUGGUAAGCAAUUUUGCACAUAUUAUAAGGCAACUUUCGACAUAUUUAUUCCAGUUAAUCUUCUUAAGUGCUUGUUUGCUUUACCAGUAUAUUCUACCAAUCAAGUUCAGUAUCUCCCUUUUACUAUGCAUCAUUUUUACAUUAACUAGCUAGCUGAUAAAUUCAACAAGCAUUACUUCUAGGAAUAGGUUGAUCCGUUCCUAUGCUAAAAGAAAAAAUUUGUUCACGGUAGUGAAAGAAAGGUAAACAGUUUAAAUGCUAUUUAUGUAUCUAUAUAUAAACCUAUGUUUACCAAAGUGUAGAGGAAAAUGGCUGAGUUGGACAAGGUCACUAGGUGAAUAGAUUGAGGCACCUAAAUAAGAUUUAUUUUAAAAGGAAAUCUAAAUUAUUUACUGUGCAAUGAAGUUUAUACUUUGCACUUUAAUUUUGCCCCGAAUGCCAAAAGACUGUACAUCAAGGUAGAAUUUCUUGCCUCUGCCAGUUAAAUUUGUCUUAAAAGCAUUUGUAAAUAUAAAAACUAAAAGAAAUGAUGUGCCUGGUUUGGUGGGAAGAAGUAUCACUAAAACAUUAGAGAUCUAACAGCUCAAGUAUUCCGGAGCAGAUUUAAUAGCCAAGUUUUAGGUACCCUGAAAAUCAGGGUUGUAAUGGGAAGUGCUGAUGCAGCCUUAAUUAUCGCAACACAUCACAUGCUAUAAUAGCAUAUAAAAAGUGCUGGGGACCAUAAAUCGCAGCAAUAGUGUUAAUUGCGGCGCAGGAGUGACGCGUGUGGUUUGACUCCAGAGGAAAAUCCUGUGUUUAUGACAAUGACAGAUAUCCCAGAUUCACUUUAAACGGUGUUUAUAGUAUGAAUGUAUAGGACUCUUCCUGAAGUUAACUGGCUUUAAAAUAUUUGUGUUACAACGGUCCAUUUCAUCAGGUAUGAUCUCACUGCCAAUACUGUCUGAUAACUAACGCGCCAUACACGCGAGCGGUUAACUAGAAGAAUAGAACUCGGUUUUUCUUAUUAGUACUGUGAAAGAAGCCUUUAGAGAAAACACUUGUGGCUUUGAUUUUGUUGAUUGAUAGCUGUGAUUGUAGAGUUGUUAUUUAAGAAUAAAGUCUGUUGGGUAUGUCUGGGUAGAGUUUUUUUGCACUUGGUUUCACAUGCUUUGCACAAUUUCUUUUUCAGUGGGUAUGUCACAACUACCAAAGGGUAAAACUGUGGCGUUUUCAAUGAAAGUAUAAUUUCCUUGUAAGUGUGCUUUCUUCAGCUGACUUGACAUAAGAUGUCACUUUCUCUUCCUUGUCCAAGCUGGGUGAUGUUGAAUAGUGAUCAUAUGCAAAUCUUCAGUUCCUCACGGUUUUACUUAAAAUGAAAUUGUGGUACAUGCUGUAAAAUACACUUUGUGGUCUGUUUUUAGAACUGUGUUUAUAACGUCUAAAUCCCACCUCUUUGCCUAUCAACUAGAUACCAGACAACUAUUGAUUGUUUGAUUUUGAACUCGUUUGGAAGACUGUUGACAUUGGCUCUUCGGGAAUCUGUGUUAUCCAUUGAUCUCAUAUAUCGCUGAAGGACAUGUAACAGAAGCUGAAGCCUAUCAGGUGACAGUAUCCAUAUUGUAGAAAUGUCUAGGUUUACUAAACUCCUGAGGGAAGUUGUGACUGCGUAAGUAUAGGCGGGUCGUGCCAGUUACGGCAGGCGCUCCUGCAGCUUCACCUGAAGAAUGUUCUUGUGAAAAUGGAAAUGAAGUGAACAAUAACCUACACUUUGUGUUUUCAAAGUAAUGAUAGCAAUAUCUUUUGAAUGUAGUUUGGAGUAGAGCACACGAUCAUGCCAUAAUCUCUGAAGAUAUAAUAAGUAUUACUGUUGUUAUCUGAUAUUUCAGGAUAGCGAAUUUGACGUGAACUUAGUCUUACAGCCUGUUACUUAAUGACCUCUACAAGGAAACUGACAUUUUGUACAAUUCAAGUUGAUCAGUCUUAUUUUGAAGCAUUGUUUGUUCUUUGUAAUAAAGUGGUUGUCCUAUCAAAUGCAUUGUAAA